AUGUCUCUCUCACAGACAAAAGAAGUUACUAUUCAUAGUGUUUUUGCCAUCUACAACUAUCUCUUUACACAUCUCGAGAAAUGUACGGCACAGCUCAGCCGGAAAAGAGUUGGCUGGAAAAAGGUAAUGUUGGCUGCUCUGGACUCAGCAAAGGAGAAGCUUUCAGAAUAUUAUGCAAUAACUGAUCAUGUUGGUGCCCUACAAAAUAAGCUAGAAUUCUUUUCUACUUCUGAGUGGGAGCCAGAAUGGCGUGUCCGAUACCGCAAGAGCCUUGAGGAGUAUAUUGUGCCCUAUGAGAAACGCUAUUUAGAGACUUAG